AUGCAUGAUAUGACCGGGAACUCUACUGAGGCUAGACGUAGUAGUGUUCAUUUGAAUGACCAACACAAAUAUAUUCCGCCAUGGACUACUCCUUAUAUCAUCGGUGUUGGUGGUACGUCUGGGUCAGGUAAGACCAGUGUGGCCAAUAAGAUUGUCUCAUCUAUUAAUGUUCCAUGGACUGUGCUAAUCUCCUUGGAUAAUUUCUAUAAACCACUCAAUGAAGCAGAACGGGAGCGUGCGUUUAAUAACGAGUACGACUUUGAUGAACCUAAUGCAAUCGAUUUGGAUUUGGCAUAUGACUGUAUUUUGAGCUUGAAAGAAGGUAAGAAAACCUCUAUUCCCGUCUAUAGUUUUACCCACCAUAAUAGAGAUCCACACAAGCAGAUCCCUAUAUAUGGUGCCAGUGUUAUCGUCUUAGAAGGUAUUUAUGCAUUAUAUGAUCAAAGAUUACUUGAUUUGAUGGAUUUAAAGGUGUAUGUUGACGCUGAUUUAGACAUUUGUUUGGCUAGAAGAUUAUCGAGAGAUAUUGUUGCAAGAGGAAGAGAUUUGCAAGGCUGUUUAUUACAAUGGGAAAGAUAUGUCAAACCCGAUGCUGUCAAGUACGUUAAGCCAACAAUGGCGAAAGCUGAUGCUAUUAUACCUUCAAUGUCUGAUAACACAGUUGCUGUAAAGCUGCUAAUUAAGCACAUAGAAUCAAAACUAGAACUGAAAUCUGAAGAGCACAUGACAGAACUUGUCAAAUUAGGCCAAUCUGGAACUGGUCCAUUAUCAGAUUAUAAGAAUUUGGAGGUUCUUCCACAGACAAAUCAAAUUAAGGCCAUACACACUAUUUUAUUGGACAGAAAUGUCGAUAGGGAUGAGUUCUCCUUCCAAUUUGAUAGGAUUGCAACUUUGUUACUAGCCAAUACACUCAAUGAUAUCCCUGUUCAGAAACCAGAAACUAUUAUCACUCCAGAUGGAUUCAGUGUACCAGGCCAACGUAGGUGCUGCUUUGAUGAAGUUACAGCUAUCAGCACAAUUAGAUCAGGCGAUUGUUUUAUGAAAGCUGUUAAAAAGGCUUUCCCAGCCAUGGCAAUUGGUAAGCUAUUAAUUCAAUCUGAUUCCCUGACAGGUGAGCCACAACUGCACUGUGAGUUUAUCCCCGAGGACAUCUCAAAAUACAGGAAAAUACUAAUAAUGGAUUCUCAGAUCAUUAGUGGUGCUGCUAUGAUUAUGGCCGUACAAGUUCUUCUAGACCACAAAGUCGAUAUAGAAAACAUCCAUAUUUUAGUAUACAUGGCCACAGAACUAGGUAUUAGAAGAAUUAUAAACGCGUUUGGCAAUAGGAUCAAAAUUACAGCAGGUAUUGUCGUCGAGAGAAAUGAAAUAAAAAACAAGAAGGCAAGUUGGGCCCUAACAAGAUUUGUCGACAACAAAUAUUUUGGUUGCUAA